AUGACGGAUCUGGAUCUUCAGACAGAUCAAACACUCUCCACUUCCAACGACCAAACCUCCUCUGAGCCCCCCCCGCAAGCAGACUCCACUCAGCCAUCUGCAUUGCUCCCGGUAGAAGCUGUUGAGGAGUGUGAGAAGUGUGUGGAGGAAUACCGUGCUGGCACAGCAGACAAAGUCCUUGUUUUCCUGCGCCUCCAGACCAUCAUCAGUCGUUAUGCCACUGAUGAUCAAGCCAGACCUACUAUCCAGGCUCUCAAGUCCUACCUCGCAAUGCUUGACAACCAUGACCGACUUCGGGAGGGAGCAGUGGAAAGAGGUCGACUCUCUGCUGAGUCGGAUUCAGCUAGACGACACACCGAACCUGGUGAAGCCGAGCCUGGCAUCUCGCCUCAGGGAGAACUCUCUCCCCAGGACAAGGUUGAGGACACGUCCAAGCGCCCUCGAUCUCCUGGACCGGAUGACAGGCCCGAUUCCCCCUCUUCCAAACGGCACAUCGACCCCUCGCGGUUCCCCUGGGUCAUCCAGGAGGAAGUUGAUCCGGCCCCGCUCUCACUCGAGCUCAGACAGACACAGACCUGUCUUGAGAACUUCGCCAGGGAUCCGAAAUUUGCGAAGUCGUCCCUACUCAAUUCAGCUCGAUGCCCCCAGUUCCCCGAUGGGGAAUGGACCAACAUCAUCCUUGGACGGGUUGUUGACCUCGACCACGUCCUCUCUGGAAUCUAUGCUGUGGGAGCCGACGACCGCAAACGAGAAAAGGUUGGAACCCUUGAAUUCGUCGUCGGCUCCUGCACUCCUGCUAAGACUGUCCGAUCCCAUUCUGACUGGACCAUCGCCUGGGAUGGAUAUGUCGAGGCCUUACUCUUUGUCUUCCCUCACCGCAACUCUGAACUCAUCGCAUAUGCGAAGUUCAUCCGCCAGCUCUUCACCUCCAUGCCCCCAGAGCGCCAUGGACGCGUCCUUCAUUUUGAUAAGGCCGUUCGACUAUGCGUCUCUCAACGACGGGACUUACUGCUUACGGACCACGCUAAUUUCACCAACCUCAGCCUGCUCUGGCUCCAAAAUGGUGGUGGAUCAUCCGGGCUACCUAGAAAUGAAACCACCAGAUCCUCCCGUCGUCCCUCUUCCUCGUCCAAGCCCAGACGCGAAGCUUGUCGGCGCUUCAACGCUGGCACCUGCCCCAACUCUCAGUCCUCGUGCGACUACGCUCACAUUUGCUCAAAAUGUCGCGGGACGGGCCACAUCGCCUCUGCCUGUGGGAAGUGA